CUUUGUUAGCAGGGAGUGAUCUGAAAUCGGAACACAAGCUCUCCCGCAGAUAUUCUAUCUCACCAUGUGGAGAAGAGCAGUGUCUUCACACCUAAAAACCGUAGCCGCCGCCGCCGCCGCGGCCUGCCCAUCCGCCUCUCGCACGUCGCCACUCAGAUUCAAAUCCUACAUUUAUCCUUCCGUCUCCGCUUGCAUACUCAGUCGCUAUUUCGCCUCUGAAUCAGCGGACACUUCUGUGAAGAUGAGUGUUGAGGACAUAAAUCCUAUUGCCACCGGACACGAGCGCGAGGAGCUUGAGGCUGAACUCCAGGGGAGGAAAAUUCUUGAAGAUGUAAACAAUCCUGUUGGUCCUUUUGGCACAAAGGUUUGUUCAUUUCAUAAUCAAACAUUUGUAAAGUUUGGUCAACUAAGUUCUUAUAUUUAAAUUGGUGGAUUGAUUCUAUUGUUUUAAUUCUAAUUUCUUUGAUGGAUGCUCCUGUUUGGUUUGGCAGUAGCAUUAACAUGUGCAUUAUAUAUUGACUCAUUUGUGGAUUUGAGUACUGAAUAUACAAAACUCAUUUUG